AUGGGGGGAGCCUCAACCAUGACAUCAGAGGAAAGGAGAGGCAUAAAGUUCAGACACCUUCAGGAAGAAAAUCACAACAGCAGCAGCAGCUUACUGAUACCACACCUUCAAUGGUCCAGAUUGCAGUCACAGCAGAGCCUCAUCCAUCAGUUGUUGACUAUGUCUCCUCACAGCAGCCUUCUUCUCUUCGUCACUUUCUGGGCUUCAAUUCAGGGUGGUUUGGGUCUUCCAGUUGUGAAGCAACUGGAGGUGGAGGGCAAUGAGGGUAUGAAAGCACACCCAAUGAGGGCAAAACGCUGUGCCUGCAGUAACCUGCUGGACUCUGAGUGCCAUUACUUUUGCCACCUGGAUAUCAUUUGGGUCAACACACCCAGUAAAACGACGGUUUAUGGUCUGGGAGGUGGUUUGCUGCGACGCAAACGGUCCACAGACCGCUGCUCCUGCGCCAACCUCAGUGAUCAACCCUGCAACAGCUUCUGCCAUCGCCGCUCUGAAAUCAAGCUUGUGCAAAGACCUCAACUUGACAUUAUCGGCAUCCUGAGAGCUGCUGCUGACAGGUCAAAGGGAGCUCGAGAUGCACGCCUGUCAAACAGGGAAGAGACCUCUGAGGCUGAGCGGAAGAAGGUGUGAUGGACAGCGAGGCUGCUACAGCAGCAACAGUGAAGAGAAAGAGAGUGGCCCGCGAGCACCUGAACAAAUGAUGCUCCUUUGACAGAGAGCAGGAAAACAAAGGGUUGCUGAAGGAUGAAAGACAUAGGAAGGCCAGAAAGCCACAAAGAUGUCUGUUUGUGCCCUCGAUUAGGUUGUGGAAAACAUAACAAAAGUCUGCAGGCACACGGUGGAAAUAGAGGAAGGGAGUCAGAGUGGAUAAGAGACGGUAUCGCAUUAUGUUUGACUCUGGCUGUUAAGUCUAUAGGAGCUUAAAUGACCUUCUGUCUGUCGCUGUGCACAGACCAGGUCCAGGAGAAACAGAUAGUAGAAAUGCAUGUACAGCAAUUUCUCAUAUACUCACUUUGCUUUUAUCUAAUCAUUUACCUGUAUCCAAAGGAUAAGCGCUCACCUUAUUUAACAUUUGCAAACUAGCCUCACUCUCUGUAUAACUAAAGGUGUUUGGCUUUGUCUCUGUAAUAUUUCAUUAUAGUCCUGUAUCAAAUACGGACAGCUAAAAUAAAGAAUUAA